AUGUGUGUACGUGCGCGAGCGUGCGUGUGCGCGUGCGCGCUGCUGCUCGCCCUCGUGCUCGCCGAGCACGACAAGCGCGCAGAGAUGUCUCCGAUGCCGUUCCUGAUGGCGACGCGCUACGGACGCAGCUCGCCCCCCGCGCGCCACCUCGCGCCGCGCAACGACAGGUUUUUCAUGAGCACGCGCUACGGCAAGCGCUCAGAUAGCAGCGGGGGCGCGGGCGGGGGCGCACUGGGCGGGGGCGCGCUGGACGGGGGCGCGGUGCAGCCGCUGGUGUGCGAGUACACGGGCGUGUGGUCGCUGUACCGCUGCCGACACAAGCCGCCGCUCUACCACAAGAGGAGCGCGGAGGAGACGAUGGAGCGCUACGAUGAGUAA